CAGAGCAACCCGCUGCAUGGCUGGUGUCGCGGGGGCCCACCGCGCACCGACGUUCAGACGCUGGGACCAACAUGGUGUAUAUCCCCAGAAAGGGGAGCGGGGCCACCUCCGUGUGUGGCCCCAGCGAUGAACCGGGAGCCCCCACCCCGCGGGGAAGAAGGCAGGGAGGGUCAGGCCGCGCUGUCUCUUUAAGACCGUGUGUCUGCUAACACCGACGUUGCUGGAGAGAGCCCUGAGACUAAGCAAGACCAAGUUCCUAAGGGAGGAGAGUCCCUCACCUGGCUUCAGCAUUCACACAGCAGGAAUGAAAAGAACCCCAUGUCCACCCUCUGGAAGCCUAAAUGCCACCCACACCAUGUGGAAGGAAAGCAGGAGAGAGACUGAGUGGCACAUCCUGCUGUCCCCCCUUUCUCCCAAACCUCCUCUCAGAUGCAGAGGCCUCCAUGGCGGUGGUAAGCCUGCUGUUCUUGGCAGUAAUGUAUGUUGUUCACCAUCCCUUGAUGGUCAGUGACCGGAUGGACCUGGACACACUAGCCAGAAGUCGACAGCUGGAGAAGCGAAUGAGCGAGGAGAUGCGCCAGUUAGAGAUAGAGUUUGAAGAGAGAAAGCGAGCAGCUGAGCAGAAGCAGAAGAUUGAGAACUUCUGGAGAGGAGAUACAUCCAAUGACCAGUUAGUGCUGGGAAAGAAAGACAUGGGGUGGCCAUUCCAGGCCAACAGCCAGGAGGGGCCUGUAAGCUGGAUGCUGGGAAACAUAUGGAACGCUGGCCUCGUUUGCCUUUUUCUCAUCUUUGAACUCCUGCGACAGAACAUGCAGGAUGAGCCGGCCUUUGACUCCAGCAGUGAGGAGGAGGAGGAAGUCCGUGUUGUGCCCUUGACCUCUUACAACUGGCUCUCUGACUUCCCCACCCAGGAGGCCCUGGACACCUUUCACAAACAUUUUGUCCACAGUGCCAUCCGUGACCUGCCCUCCACCUGUGAGUUUGUGGAGAGCUUUGUGGAUGAUCUUAUUGAGGCCUGUCGGGCACUCAGUCGCCGGGACUCUCACCCACAGUUGGAGGACUGCCUGGGCAUCGGGGCUGCCUUUGAGAAAUGGGGAACCCUCCACGAGACUCAGAAAUUUGAUAUCUUGGUGCCCAUUGGACCGCCUCAUGGCACUAUGUUUGUCCUAGAGAUGAGGGAUCCCGCCCUGGGCCGCCGCUGUGGCCGUGUGCUGGUGGAGACAGAAUGCAUGUGCAAGCGUGAGAAACUCCUAGGGGAUGUGCUAUGCCUGGUGCACCACAACAGGGACCACUCAGUGGGCUUAGGGAAGUGCAGCACCUCUGUCAAAGGAGCUCUCUGCACUGGCCUCCACCUGGAUGUGUACAAGACCAUACAGUGGUUCCGGAGCUUGGUGGGCAAUGCCUGGGCCCUUGUGGCCCACAAGUAUGACUUCAAACUCAGUCUCCCACAGUCUACCACCUCCUGCAAGCUCAGGCUGGACUAUCCCUCAGGCCGCUUUCUUUCAAUCCACUUGAUCCUGGGGGUGCAACGGGAAGAUACUUUGGUCUACCUGUUGAGUCAGGCUCCUGACCUGGAACAGCUCACCAGUGUAGACUGGCCUGAAUCCUUUGCAGCCUGUGAGCACUUGUUCCUGAAGAUGAUAGGGCGUUUUGCACCUGACAACACUUGUCACCUCAAGUGCCUCCAGAUCAUUUUAAGUCUCCAUGAACAUCAGAGCUUACCUGACGGAGCAUCCCAACCCAUCCUCACCUCUUACCACUUCAAAACAGCCCUCAUGCAUCUGUUGCUUCGGCUGCCCCUAACGGACUGGCAGCACAACAUGCUCUCUCAGCGUCUCCAGGACAUUCUCUGGUUCUUGGGUCGUGGCCUCCAGCAAAGGUCCCUCCAUCAUUUCCUCAUUGGUAAUGCUUUCUUGCCCCUGACCAUCCCGAUCCCUAAGACAUUUCGGAAUGCUGAGCCUGUCAAUCUCUUCCAACACCUGGUGCUAAACCCCAUGGCACAUUCACAGGCCCUGGAAGAGUUUCACAACCUUCUUACCCAGGUAAAAACUCUGCCCCGUGCCCCACUGGUUGCGGCACCUUAAUGUAAAGGCCAUUAAAAAAAAAUGGGAGAAGGGCGGCGCCUGUGGCUCAGUCCGUAAGGCGCCGGCCCCAUAUACCGAGGGUGGCGGGUUCAAACCUGGCCCUGGCCAAACUGCAACCAAAAAAUAGCCGGGCGUUGUGGCGGGCGCCUGUAGUCCCAGCUACUCGGGAGGCUGAGGCAAGAGAAUCGCUUAAGCCCAGGAGUUGGAGGUUGCUGUGAGCUGUGUGAUGCCAUGGCACUCUACCGAGGGCCAUAAAGUGAGACUCUGUCUCUACAAAAAAAAAAAAAAAUGGGAGAAAGUAUUUCUGGUUCUUCAGGCUGCAAAAGAGUUUAUUUUUCAGAUGUAUUAGCAGUAUAUGUGACCUUCACCUCGCCAGUGGGAGUUAUGAUAGAUUAAGAUACCUGAAGGAAUUUCAGUGCCUGUAGCUCAGAGGCUAGGGCGCCGGCCACAUACACUGGAGCUUAAGGGUUCGAACCUGGCCUGGGCCUGCCAAACAACAAUGACAAUUACAACAACAACAACAACAAAAAAAAAUAGCUGGGCGUUCUGGCAGGUGCCUGUAGUCCCAGCUACUUGGGAGGGUAAGGUAAGAGAAUUGCUUAAGCCCAAGAGUUUGAGGUUGCCGUGAGCUGUGAUGCCACAGCACUCUACCAAGGUGACAUAGUGAGACUGUCUCAAAAAAAAAAAAGACACUUGAAGGAGUAUGUGAAAUAGUCAUGAGGAUGGAUACAAGGCCUAAUCGAGGGUGAGUCUUCUGAGGCUUUCUUCUUUUGACUUAACUUUCAUCACAACACAAAAAAGGUCCAGGGAAAUGGAUGUUAUAGUAGAAUUUUGCUGCUAAGGAGUUGAAAUCCAGAAGGGGCCUGUAAAGUUGUGUCUUUGUAUUAACACCGGAAGCAAAGGAGAACUGGAUAACAUCUCCAUUCCAUGCUAUUUCUUUUUGUGAAUGACUCCCAACAUGUUCCUUGUGAAUUGGUUUACUUGAACUGUUAGCUUAAUUCCCAUUCAAGCAGAGGGCACUCCAUUUUAUUCCAAAUACCAUGUACUGUCACUGGCAACUUCUCUUAUUUUAGGUUCUAAUUUUUCAGACCAUCCCUAUUUUGAAAAUAUAAUCAAGGUGUUUAUUUUCUAUUUUCUUGAUUAGGCCAUUUAAAAAUGCCAAUAUAGCUGUUUUUAUGCAUCUGGAAAAACGCCAGUAUUACCUAAAUGAUUUAUUAGCAUUGAUUCACAAAUAGUAAGUCAAUAGCGACCUGUCUCAUAAUUGAGAUAAUGUGUUUACUAUAAUUAAUGAAAUAUCCAACAUUUAAUGACCUUUUUAAUGUCUGGAAAUAACAUUAUUAAAAAAGGACAUUCUUUUUGAGGGCUCUGAGAUGAACAAUUUGUUUCUGAGGAGGAGCCAUUUGUUAAAUGGAAAGAAGGUUUAGCUACCAUGUGUACCUAUACUUUUUCCCAGUCUGGUCAUGCCUUUGUACUUUCUUUUUAAAGAUUGUGGUUUUGAAAAGAGAGGUCAUCACAAUCCAAGCCCAUUGCCAGGGCUGGGCAGGAAGGGAUUAUGAAGCAGUCCAACUCUAACAAAAUUGUGAUUCUAGAGAUAUGGAUGGUGUAUUUUUCCCUUCUUUCAAAACCUCGGGCAUGCUGAGGAGGAGUGUUAAGAAAUGCAACUAUAGUUAUGGGUGUGGUUGUUUUGGAAAUACCAAUGUUGUUCUACCUAGCAUUGCCAGGAAGAUUACUGGGGAAGAAAGCCUGUCCCCAUACAACUUGACCCCAAGGGGGAUCAGUUGGGCUUCAGUUGUAGAAUACACAACCCACAUCCCCCAACACACAUACACAGCAAAAAUAAAUUAAAAGUGCCCCAGAAGCUGAUGCCAGUCAAUGUUCAGGGUUCCUACUGCACAAUAGGUCCUGUGUUCUCCUGUCGUCUGGGGAAUUCGUUAGGUACUACUUUCAAGAUAAGAUGCAAUGAUGGUUGGCUCUGUGCUAGUAGGAUUUUGGGUUUUAAAAACAUCCAUAUAUUUUUUUGUUCAGAAAAUCAUUUAAUGGUAUUUCAGUUACAAUUCAAUAAAGGAGGCUAUUUUCUGUAUGCAUUGGAAUCUAUGCAAUAACACACUCAGCAGAUCAACAUUCUCACAUGCCUGUUCCCAAGAAGUUCAUGUUACCCUGAGGAUAUCUCCAUCUAGUACAUCCUUGUAUUUCUUAAUUUACCUUGAACCAGUCUGCUUUGUGGUUUCCCAGUGGCAUGGCCAGCAGCCAGGAAAGAGUAAUUCAAAAUGUUAAGGAACAUCGAUGUUAUUAAUUUUCUUUCUUUUUUUUUUUUUUUAUUGUUGGGGAUUCAUUGAGGGUACAAUAAGCCAGUUACACUGAUUGCAAUUGUUAGGUAAAGUCCCUCGAUGUUAUUAAUUUUCAAAAUAGCCAAAUUAAAAGAUCUCAGUGACUACAAACAGCAUGCAUAAACUCUAGAGGUCUGCUCAAGUAGAAAGGUGAUAUGAUUUCUAGUACUACGUGAGUGUUUCUAGUCUAACAGGAGACAAGAAAGAAAAUGUAAAGUUAUGAGUGGGCAGCAGAUUACAAAGGGAAUAGUCAGCAAAGCUUGGGUGGGGCAGAGGGUACAAAAAAGAACAUAGAAAAAAACAAGUAGUAAUGGAAGGAACAGACCUGUACUGCUCUGGGAAUACUCUUACAAUUAAAGGGGAAACCUCUCCAGAGAGGAAGCUAAGCUUUAUUCUAAAACAAAACCUGGCUAGCCCCCAGGAUACAGCAGCGGUUAUAGUAAUGGGAAUACUUAGUGUUUGCUAAGCAUUGCCAGGGGUCUGGGCACUUCUGCUUUACAUCUGGUAACUCAAUUUUCACACUAUAACCCCUGCAUAUAAGGAUACUGAGGCAAAAAAAGGAUAUGUAUAAUAACUUCUCCAAAAUUACAUAGCUAGUAAGUGACAGAGCCUGGAGGAAAGUACCUGCCCUACCGAACUUUCAGAGUGAUCUUUGGAAUAAAACAAGAUGCAAGUGUUUGGCAGGCCAGGGCUGGGUUCGAACCUGCCAGCUCCAGUGUAUGUGGCUGGCACCCUAGCUGCCAAACUCGGCACCUGUAGCUCAGCAGCUAGGGUGCCAGCCACAUACACCAGAGCUGGUGGAUUCAACCCGGCCCAGGCCUGCCAAGCAACAAUGACAACUACAACCAAAAAAUAGCCAGAUGUUGUGGUGGGUGCCUAUAGUCCCAGCUACUUGGGAGGCUGAUGCAAGAGAAUCACUUAAGCCCAAG